CUUUCUUUAACACAACCUUGAGGGCCUGCCCUGUAUAUAAAUUGUCUCAAAAACCAAGACUUGUGAUUUAUAAUAGAUAAAACAUCUCAUAAAAACAUACAGAUAGUAUUGCCGCGUACUAUUAUAAGCGCCUUAAAUGAUCUGAGGUCAAGGAAUAUGUUGUCACUUAAUUGCUGGUUUGCUUUAAAAUGUAACAAAUAUGACACAUUUAUUUGAAUAGUUCAUUCAUAACACAAAGCAAAAGAUGAACAGUGAACAAAAAGUGAAAAGUGAACAAUCAGUCAGUAUGUUGGGGAUGUAAAAAGCCAUUAGCCCGUAUGUAUUUCAGUGAUGGUGCUAUUAUGUACUAGAGUAAGGCUAUACACUACCAUUUAAAAACACGUGACCGUGAGGUCAACUAGAUUAUCUGUCUUUAUAAAAAGACAUAAAAGUCAUUCUAAAAUGUAGCUGCUAAACAAAGCAUAUAAAUCCUUAUGACUAGACCAGGAGGGUCUCGCACCAGAUUGUUGCUUAUAAGCAGACGGUCUGAAUGCAGAGAACUAUAUCCAGCAUUUCACAUUAAAAAUAUAUACGGUCCAUCUCUCUGAGACUUCUCAAAUGCAUGCAUGUGGUAGGCUAAUCCCAAUCUGUGCCCAUUAGUGCACACUGAGAGAGACUGAGUGGGUGAGUGAGUGAGUGACAAACUGAGAGAGAGAGAGACAGACAGAAAGGGAGAGACUAGAGAGUGAGGGAAAGAGACAGAGUGAGGGGGCUUUUAAAGGAUUUGACAGUGAUUUGUAAUCAUAGUUGUGGAAUGUUUGGGCAUUUCCACCUUUUCCCGCGUUUUAGAUUUUACUAAGGCUCUAAAUACUUUCUACGUUAAGAUCUCAUCUUAAUCAAAAUAAUCUUUAGAUUGUCGUUGUGUGUGUGAAAGCUGUGGACAUUUUAAGAUGAGAGCUGAAGACUCGGAUGUUGGUGACGUUUACCGUCGUGCUUCAAAACCAUCAAACUUCAGUUCCAGAUGGGCGCACAAUGGCAUCAGCAGCAGUCGCAGACACAGGUAGAGAAGAAAGCAUUGUGCUGUAGUAGAAGAACCAGCCACUAUGACAACUAUGACAUCACAGCACCACACAACAUCACUAUGUCAUCACCGCAGGAUCAGCGGGGCGCCCGGACAACAUGUGGGCUCCCUGAUUCAUGUCAUGUGGAUAGUGAUGAUGGGAUUUACUCCAGAAACCUGGGCCACCACAGAAACUCAGCCUCAUUCCAUAAAGAUCGAGGGUGACGUCACUCUGGGAGGCCUUUUUCCUGUGCAUUCAAGGGGCCCCGCUGGUGUUCCUUGUGGGGAAAUUAAGAAGGAGAAGGGGAUCCAUCGUAUGGAGGCCAUGUUGUAUGCACUGGACCAGAUCAACAGUGACCCAGACCUGCUGCCUAACAUCACCCUCGGUGCCAGGAUACUGGACACGUGCUCCAGGGAUACGUAUGCACUGGAACAGUCCCUCACCUUUGUCCAGGCCCUCAUCCAGAAGGACAACUCAGAUGUUCGCUGUUCCAAUGGAGAACCUCCCAUCAUCCCAAAACCAGAGCGUGUGAUAGGGGUUAUCGGGGCUUCGGCCAGCUCAGUGUCUAUAAUGGUGGCCAACGUCCUUCGUCUGUUUGCGAUACCUCAGAUCAGUUAUGCUUCAACAGCACCUGAACUUAGUGACAACAAUCGCUAUGACUUUUUCUCCCGAGUCGUGCCGCCCGAUUCCUUCCAGGCCCAGGCAAUGGUGGACAUCGUAAAAGCCAUGGGGUGGAACUAUGUUUCUACUCUGGCUUCAGAGGGGAAUUAUGGAGAGAGUGGUGUAGAUGCUUUCAUUCAGAUAUCAAGGGAGGCAGGUCUUUGUAUCGCACAGUCCAUAAAAAUUCCUAGGGAGCCAAGAGAAGGAGAGUUUGACAAGGUCAUCAAACGGCUAAUGGAGACAUCCAAUGCCAGAGGGGUUAUUAUAUUCGCUAAUGAAGAUGACAUCAAGCGUGUCCUGGAAGCAGCAAAAAGAGCCAAUCUUACAGGUCACUUUUUGUUUGUGGGAUCUGAUAGCUGGGGAGCAAAAAACUCACCCAUUCUAAACCUGGAAGACGUGGCUGAGGGUGCAGUUACUAUCCUCCCCAAGCGGGCAUCCAUUGAGGGGUUUGACCAAUACUUCACUACAAGAUCACUGGAAAACAACAGGAGGAACAUCUGGUUCGCUGAGUUCUGGGAGGAUGACUUCAAAUGCAAACUGACACGGCCUGGAAUCCGAGGCGACAGCGGGCUGAGGAAAUGCACAGGAGAGGAACGAAUCAGCCAGGAUUCGAUAUACGAACAGGAAGGGAAGGUGCAGUUUGUGAUCGACGCCGUUUACGCCAUGGCCCAUGCUCUCCAUAGCAUGCACAUGGACCUCUGUCCAGGAUCGAUGGGCGUUUGUGACAAAAUGGACCCGGUGGAUGGAAGAAUGCUGCUGAGUUACAUCCGUGCUGUCAGUUUUAAUGGCAGUGCUGGGACAGGUGUGAUGUUUAAUGAAAACGGUGAUGCCCCAGGACGAUAUGAUAUCUUCCAGUACCAGCUUUCCAAUACCACCAACCCGGGAUAUAAAAUCAUUGGCCAGUGGACCAACCACUUACGACUCAAUGCGGAGGACAUGCAGUGGUCUGGAGGGGAUAAACUGGUUCCAGACUCGGUUUGUAGUUUUCCCUGUGAGUCUGGGGAGAGGAAGAGGAUGGUGAAGGGUGUGCCGUGCUGCUGGCACUGUGAACUAUGUGAUGGCUAUCAGUACCUCCUGGAUGAGUUUAACUGCGACACGUGCCCCUUUGACAUGAGGCCCACCUCUAACCGCACUGGCUGCCGUCCUACUCCCAUCAUCAAGCUGGAGUGGAGCUCUCCGUGGGCCAUUAUCCCAGUAUUUCUGGCAGUGCUGGGCAUUCUUGCUACAUCAGGAGUCAUCAUCACCUUCAUCCGCUUCAAUGACACCCCCAUAGUCCGCGCUUCGGGCCGAGAGCUCAGCUAUGUUCUCCUGACGGGCAUCUUCCUCAUCUAUCUCAUCACCUUCCUCAUGAUCGCUGAGCCGAGCACCGUGGUGUGCGCGUUUCGUAGGUUGUUUUUGGGGCUGGGCAUGUCCAUCAGUUACUCUGCCAUGCUCACCAAAACAAAUCGGAUCUACAGGAUCUUUGAGCAGGGAAAGAAAUCAGUCACACCACCAAAAUUUAUAAGCCCCACGUCCCAGUUGAUCAUCACAUUUAUUCUGAUCUCAGUACAGCUCCUGGGUAUUUUCAUUUGGUUUGGAGUGGUUCCACCUCACACAAUUGUCGACUUUGAUGAGCUGCAUCCCCCCAACCCAGAGUAUGCGCGUGGGAUCCUGAAAUGUGAUAUGUCAGAUCUGUCUCUGAUUGGCUGUCUGAGCUACAGUAUGGUGCUGAUGGUCACGUGUACAGUCUAUGCCAUUAAGAGCAGAGGGGUUCCUGAGACCUUCAAUGAGGCUAAACCCAUCGGCUUCACCAUGUACACUACCUGUAUCAUCUGGCUGGCCUUUGUGCCCAUAUUUUUCGGCACGUCACAAUCCACAGAAAAGAUGUUCAUUCAGACCACCACAUUGACCGUGUCCAUGAGCCUGAGCGCCAUGGUUUCCCUAGGCAUGUUGUACAUCCCCAAAGUCUACGUCAUCAUCUUCCACCCAGAGCAGAACGUUCAGAAACGCAAGCGCAGCUUCAAAGCCGUGGUCCAGGCAGCCACCAUUUCCACUCAUCUCUCACAGAAAUCCAGCAACAAGCAGAACGGAGAGACCAAAGUUGAACAAGAUAGAUCCCAAUAAAGACCAGGAGGUAAAAUAAUAAUAAUAAUAAUUUUGUAUGUUUUUUUUUAUUAUUAUUAUUAAUUGAUUGUAUAUAUAUAUAUAUACAAUCAAAAUUUGUUUUUUUUCUACUAUCUGCAACAAUACAAGAGUCCGGGUGAGAAGGACACUAAUAUAAAUGAAUAGUACGAUAUGUACAGGAAUUAGAGGAUCCGUGGAUUCUUUGUGGUGUGGAACUUUCGCUUCGAGACUGAAAGUAUUUGUCCCCAUUUAAUAUUUCCCUUGUGACCACAGCAUCACCAGUUGAGUUGAAAUGAUAGAUUCAUGAAUUCAUGAUGAAAAAGACUCUCCAAACAGAUUCUCUUUAGAGAAAAGAAGAAAAAUACAACAGGAAAUGUCUUGCACCAGCAUCUCUUGAAGGACUAAAUGUUUGUCUCUGAUGUGUCUAAAUGGAAUCAGACAUUAAACUUGGGCACACAUCAGUGAGUCAUAUUCAGCUUCAGUGUCAUCUCCAUCCUUAUCCUAAAUAAAUAUCAUAAAAGACUGAAUGAGACUGUUAGAGCUACAGAGACAAUGUUGGGAUCAAAUGUGCUUCAACAAUUCAACCAGUGCAGUGCACUCUCUUUGAACUCUUUGGUUUUAAAACUGUGCCAUAAUUUUUUUUCAGAAUAAAUGUUUUAAGUGUCUUGUGUGCGAUAUUGUGUACUCUUAAUUAUAUUUAUUAAGAAUUAUAGAUUACCAAGAAAAAGCAAUGACAAUCUAUAAUGAAACAGCAAAGUUUUGAUCAGAGAUUUUUAGUUGUAUCAUGUUUCCUUGAGCUUCCGAAGAAAUACUGAUUUUAAACAAAGAUAUACUCUAUUGAUCAGUAUUUAUUGACUAAUUUAAAUUAAAAUAGUAACAUUUAAGAGACUGACUUUGAGAUCCUUUUAUUGUCACAUGCAACUGACUUUCAGAUCAGUGACUUGUAUCUUAGUAAAGGAAAGGGGGAAAGAAGACCUUGCAUUAUUGUUCAAUUACUUGUAUUUUGAAAUGAUGACCAUGCAGUUACUGUAAACUCAGGUUCUUACUUAAGCUUACUUAACCUUGAUGAAUUUUGUGGGUGUCUUGUUUUCGUUUAAGAGAUGUAAAAGAACACUGGAAUAAAAACAUAUUGAUUGAAUGCAUGUUGUAAAAAAAUGAUAAAAAAAAAAAAAUCCUGAAAAAUAA